GUGGAGGUUGGUUAUAAUGUUAUACAAGGCAGAUGCUGCAGCAUUCCUAUCAAUGAUCGACGAGGGAGCAAGCAAUUGCCAUCUGGGCCAAACAAACUGAAAAUAAUAAUACCCAAAAAAGUGAAAUUUACUGAAAUACCCCCUGUUAAAUUGGUAAACCGACGUUACCAUUUAUUAUUCCGUUAAUCUUACAAUUUUCAUCUUGUGAUUUUCGGUCUCUGACGUUCCAAUAUUUGCCAUUUUUUUUCUCAUGUGCUUUCGCCUUUUAUUUUUCCAAACCUAAAAUCCUAUCGGUGUGAGACCAUGGCUGAAUCGAAAGGAAUGAGGGGAAAAAAAAAAGAUAGAAUUUCUCGCUGCUCAGCUCUCUGUGUGCCGAAAAUUUCGCUUCAUUUUCGAGCCUAAAUAUAAUGAAUUAUAGUGGGAGUAUUCGAUUAUUUUUCUUGACAAUAAUGGUGCCAUAAUUUAAUUCAACAUAUGAUAUCUUUCUGGCAAAAUCGUCACAAUGAACAAAAAAAUGGGGAUCACUUUAGAGAGUAUGGCCAAAAACAGGAGGAAAAUGAGGAGAUUGUAGACUAACCAGGUUGUAUUCAAAGUUAAUUCUUCGCUGCCAUGUGUUAAAACUUGAAACUGAAAAUUGUAUCGUGUUCUUCGGCGACGGGGAGACUGGGUCUCUGACAGAUGGCGUAAUAAUGAACGUUCAAGCUAGUAAAACUCACCAGGAAGGAAUUUAUAUUAAUAGGCUAAUGGCGUUGACAUUGAAGUUGGCUCAGUUGCAGUCCAAGGCAACUCGAGCAUCCCAGUUGGUAUCAAAGCACGCUCCUCUGUACUACAAGCAGCUACUUGAGCAGAAUAAACACUACAUUCAGGACCCACCCACUGUUGAGAAAUGUAACCUUUUAUCAAAGCAAUUAUUUUACACUCGUCUAGCCAGCAUUCCUAGCCGAUACGAGGCAUUCCAGAAGGAGAUGGAUUAUGUGAAGCUAAUGUGGAAGAAAAGGAAUGAAUGGAAGAUUGAAGAUGCAGGAAUUGCUACACUGUUCGGGUUAGAAUGUUUUGCUUGGUAUUGUACAGGAGAGAUUGUUGGUCGAGGUUUCACCUUCACCGGCUAUUACAUCUAAUUGAGUCACCAAUAACGGCUUCUGAAGAUGAGCUGGUCUAGCUUUUUACUAUAUUCGUUUUCUUGAAUGUUUCCGUCAAAACAUACGGUUUUGCCGUUCUAUAAGAAAAAUCAGACUGAGCUAGCGAUAA